AGUGCUCUGUUACAUCCAACUUUAGAGUUGGUGAAUCAAUGCCUUCUAACCUCUGGAUUCCCAAUUUCUCAAGCUCAAGCAAGGCCAGCUCCUCCCCACUUCUCUUCCCUGAGCUCCUCUUCAGCUCGAAGCCCUGGUCCUGAACAACUCCAGUGUCUUAACUCUGCCCCUACCCUGAGGCUGGGCCACAUAGGUGGAGAGAAGUUGGAAAGGUCUUGCCCUGUCACUCUGUCCUUACACACAGAAGCUCAGUGACCCCCUUGCCAGGAUGCAGGACACCUGGGUCCUGGUCCCACUCACCUUGAUCUUUGGCCUGCUUCCCAGUCUCCAAGGAGUAAGCAUCAAUGAGACUGUAAACACAUGUGACAUCUCAAACUGCCCCAAAGGAUUCAGCUGCUGUGACAAUGAAUGCUGUCUAGAAAGAAAGGUCUGGAAUCCUCAAAAUGAUCUCUUCAGCGUCCUGUACAUCAUCCUAUUGGUCAUGUUACUUCGUUUGUUCUACGGCUGCCUAGUGUGGCAGUCCAAGAACAGAGAACUACAGCAUGAGGUCAGAACAUCAGAUCAUCAGACACCUCCAGACCCACCCUCCAUUGCUCCCCUAGAGAGCAUUUGCACCACCUCCUCGGAUCCCGAACCACCCUACUUUGAGGUUGUUCUGAUGCCAAAUCCUACAGAACCACCUCCUCCCUCCAGCACCUCCUCCCUCCAGCCUCAGGCCUGA